AUGGACAUGCUCGAGGAUGUCCAUCGCACAGGAUCUUAUUUCGAUGCCAUAACGCGGAAUCGAGACAGCUUCAAGGACAAGGUUGUACUUGAUGUAGGUGCUGGAACUUGCAUACUGUCAAUCUUCGCAGCGAAAGCAGGGGCCAAGCAAGUCUUCGCUGUGGAGGCCACUGACAUGGCUGUCCGAAGUCGCAAAAUUGUGGAAGCACAAGGUUUGAGCCAUAUCAUUCAUGUUGUCCAGGGGACUAUCGAAACAGCGACGCUGCCAUGCAUGGUAGACGUCAUUAUUAGCGAAUGGAUGGGUUAUUUUUUGCUGAGAGAGAGUAUGCUGGACAGCGUCUUGGUCGCCCGCGACCGCUUCCUCAAGCCAGGUGGCGCCCUCUUCCCCUCGCAUGCCACGCUUUUCCUGGCACCGGUCGGUCCGUUCAAAGCGUGCCGUGAGAAGCAGCAAACCUUUGAUGGGGAGCGGCAGCACUUCGAGGACUUCAACGGCUCGAUGGUUCAGUGGUACAGUACAGACUUUUCCUGCAUGCGUGAAGAGUUCCUUGCAGAGCAACGCAUGUAUUAUUUACAGACUGGCAUGUUUGUCAACCUUUCGCCGAAGCAGUUGGCGGGAACCGCAAGUCCUGUGCUUGAAAUGGAUUUGCUGAAAAUCACCGUGGAGGAUUUGAAGGCCGCUAGACCACUAUCGUGCACAAUGAGGGUUUCCAAAGAUGGACACCUCGACGGUUUCGCUGGGUACUUCGAUGUUGCUUUCCGUGGUUCGCCACAGAACCCGGUGAAGCAG